AAUGUUAGUAAAAAUUUGCAGGUGGAAGCAGAGUUGGAAAAUUUGCAGAAAGAGAACCAAAGGCUUAGAUUAUUGUUAGAAGCAAUGAGCAGCAAGUAUAGGGUGCUUCACGAAGCCUAUGUCCAAGAAUCAAACAAGGGAGCAAGGCCUCAAUUUGCAGCCGUAGCUAAAGCGUCACAUGUUUUUGUGAAAACGGACCCUAGAGACAAGAGCCUUAUGGUUAAAGAUGGAUUUCAAUGGAGGAAAUAUGGCCAGAAAGUAACUAAAAAUAACCCCUCACCCCGAGCUUAUUUCAAGUGCUCUGUGGCUCCUGGAUGUCCAGUCAAAAAGAAGGUUCAGCGAUGCGUGGAGGAUGAAUCUUUUGUUAUGGCAAGCUAUGAAGGACAGCACAACCAUGAUGUUUAUUCUACACCAGGACAAUCAUUGUCUUCUUCGGCAAUUAGCUUUCCUUAUCCGGUUCUGGAUAACCCUUUUCGACCCACCAUUACUCUUGAUCUCACAUCCAACAUUGAAAACACUACUCCGAAUUACCUUGGGAAUGUUAUGGAAGAUUACCACACAAGCAACAACAUCAAAGACUACGUUGAAUCAUUGACAAAAGAUUCGAACUUCACUAUGGCUUUAGCCGCCGCAGUUGCCAGCUCCAUAACUGCUGGACUGUCUAAACCAUCAAUCUCAUGAACUUGAAAAGAAAUUAAAUGCUAGAGGUUAUUUAAAACCCGACUCUGGUCUUAGCUACCAACAUACAACAA